AUGUUAAUCGUUUAUCGAUUGGGUGCCCAUAUCACACUCCCUGGCAUUGAUGAUAUCGAAUUAGAGAAGUUUUUCGAUGGCUUAAGAGGUCGUACCGGUGGCAGUGUCCUUGACUUCGUUGAUAUCUUUUCCGGUGGUGCGUUCAAGCAGAUGACAAUCUUUGCGCUUGGUAUCCAACCGUAUAUCAGUGCGUCGAUCGUUAUGCAGCUCCUUACCGUCGUUAUCCCCUUCCUUGAGAAACUUUCCAAAGAGCCGGACGGACGGAAAAAGAUUACCCAAUAUACACGCUAUGCCACUGUUAUUCUCAGUGCUAUUCAAGGCAUCAUGAUUAGCCUGGUGUUGCAAAGACCCGGAAGCAUUAUUAGAAGUGAAAACAUUGAAAUUGUGACGAAUCCAGGUAUCUGGUGGACUUUGCUAACCAUGAUUACCUUGAUGGCUGGCACAUCGUUCGUCAUGUGGCUCGGCGAACAAAUUACAGAACGGGGAAUUGGUCAAGGCAUUUCCCUAAUUAUUACAAUUGGGAUCCUCUCGGGCAUGCCGGGCGGAAUCCAAACAAUAUCCAAUCAACUCCUUAAUCGUCAAAUUGACCUUCCGAAACUGGUCAUCUUCCUCGCCUUGGGAGUUGUGGCGAUUAUGGGAACCGUGUACAUCACCUUCUGUGUCCGCAAAAUUCCUGUCCAGUAUGCACGGCGGGUCGUAGGACGUAAGGUGAUGGGUGGACAGGCAACGCAUAUCCCGCUGCGUGUCAAUGCGGCUGCUGUUCAGAUUAAUCCCGUGCAAAUGGCGGAUGACUUGAGGAAGUAUGGUGGAUUUAUUCCGGGCAUUCGUCCGGGGAAAAAGACCGCAGACUAUAUUAACGAUACUUUAACUAGAAUCACUUUACCCGGUGCGGUAUUUCUCGCCGCGAUUGCGGUUUUCCCCUUACUUCUGCAAGGAUGGCUAGGCACUGGGGCAUUAAUCAGUGGUGCCGCAAUCUUAAUCGUUGUGGGAGUCGUAUUAGAUACAGUGUCGCAAAUUGAAUCCUAUUUGACGAUGAGACAUUACGAAGGAUUUCUGAAGGACAGGCGUGUAAGAGGACGUCGCUCAAGAUAG